CAGAUAAAAUUCACUGGAUCAAAAGCCCCUCUCCGUCAUCCAGGCACCUUCCUUGAAGGACACACAACCACAGAUCAUCGCUUCUUUUGACGACGACGAAUGUGUGUGCCUAUGCCAAUAAAAGCAUUUAACCUAUAAAUCCAAUACUUUAUUUUGAUAUGUUUAGCUUAAUGAAAGCUAUUGGAAACUGCUGAGGUGUGCUACGCUUCAAGUAGGUUAAAGUUCAUCUGCUGGCGAUAUUAGACCAUAUCUUGAGCACUAAAGACGUAACAUCUUGAUUCUGCCUAUGACUAUGACUAAAAUAUCUUGAAGUAAAGAAGAGAUGAUUGUGUCCCCACCAUCUCCUGACAGACAGAAGGGGAAUUAUCCUCAGGUAAGGCAGCAUGUGGACUAACGCAUGGAGUGGUACACCCGGGCCAGGUCCCCAGUGUACUGACGUCACACCCGCCUUGCCAUUGGAGGAUGAGGCUUCCUAUAUUAACCGUGCGCACCUCAAGUUCUACUCAUAAUCCACAGUCUCCUUGUUGGAGCAGCAUUUUAUGGUGAUAAUACUGAGACACUGGACUGAAGAUUAAAUUAUAUUCUACGUAAUUGGAGGAUUGAAAUUGACAAUCUUCACGAGACGCGGAAUCAAAGAAAUACACAGUUUAGUAGUCAUUGAGUUAUAAUGGAAGGAAGCAACAAAAGUGUUAGAAAUACUUGGUCACGAGUGAUGGGCGUGAUGAAGAGCGUGACUGUGGAACCUCUUAUGCUUCUUGACGGUCUUGCCUUCUCUAACAUACACGUAUACAUAGAGAACCUACAGAUGGAUCGAGUGUGCCGAGUGAGCAGCGGUUUUUCCCAACAAGUGUGCGACAAUCUGAAUUCAGAACCAGCAGCCAGUGUAGAGGUACAACAAAAGUACAGUGUGUUUGCUCUCUAUAACGGUAUCAUUGCAGCUGCACUACCACUCUUCUUUAUUCUCUUCAUGGGCGCCUGGAGUGAUAAAUAUGGCAGGAAGGUGCCUCUGAUAGCAGUACAAGUGGGUCACGCACUCCACGCUGCCGGCUACUUGUUAGCUACUUUGGCACCUUCUUUGCCUGCUGAAGUGUUACUUAUCGUCACGUUACUGGAUACACUAGGUGGCGGUACUGUAUCAUUCUUGACGGCAGCCAACUCGUACAUUGGUGACGUGUCGUCAGAAGAGUCGCGUACAUCAAGAGUGGGACUGGCCAACAGCAUUUGGUUCUUAGGAGGUCCAGUGGGCACACUGAUGGGUACUUACAUCUACAGCUGGGGCGGCUACCUGCCACUCUUCGCUACUUCCCUCACGCUCUCCUUAAUGGCCCUGGUGUACGUGGUGGUGUGCCUUCCUGAAAGCCAUGGACCUUUCGUCAAAAGUUCUGUUGCGGAAGCCCCAGAACACAAGCCACGAGUGGCGCUGCGAGAGAGUGUAGCGGCAGUGUACGGACUAGAGGUAAAUGCUACACCCGACAAUACCCUCCAACACUCCCGCCUUACUCUCACCAUCAUGAUCAAGGACUUCUUUAACCCGCACCGUAUCCUUGACAGCUUCAAGUCAACGCUGAGGAAACGCGAAGGAAACACAAGAGCUCUUAUUCUUAUUCUCAUCUUCACCAGCCUCCUCAGAAGAGUUACUCGAUCUCCCUAUGUGUUCGCCUUCACUCGUCACGUACUAGGUUGGCAAGCUACUGACUACAGCCUCUGGGUUACCUACAAGAACCUCUUGGCCACCACUGGAUCGCUAGUGGCGGUGCCAUUGUUAAGUGGUCGUCUAGGUGUGUCAGACAACCUGCUGGCCGUGGUGGGCGCCAUGUCCGGCGUCAUCGAGUAUGUCAUCUACGGCUGCAUUUCUGACUCUCGACCAUAUUUUAUCUGGAUAGCUCCAGUUGCGGCUCUGCUGCUUAACUCCUGCACCAUCGCUCAGCGAGCCAUGAUGACCAAGUUUGUCUCCAAAGAUGAAAUAGGUAAAGUAUCUGCGGUGUUAGGUGCUCUUGACGGCAUGAUGCCCAUGGUAACUUCUGCCCUCUACACCGCCGUCUAUCACGCCUCCGUCAGCACCUUCCCUGUAGCACACUUCUUACUGGGUGCUUCUGCCAGCGCUCUCAUGAUCGUCUUUUUCUGUAUCAUCAUGUUCGCGGAUAAGUCAGGUCAAUAUGACGUGGAGAACGCUAAGCCUAGCAUCGUCGCUGGUCCUGUCGCAAACAAGGCGCUGGUGAUGAGAACCAACUCCUGCUGGCUGGCCACUGACGUGCUGGCACUGGCCCUGUCUACACCCACUUCCCCGGACGUCCCCGAGCAUCAUAACACCCAGCAAGGGAUAGGGCUACAGAAUCACCUGUCACACAAACACCAGUCCGUUUUAAAAACCAUUUCAGAAAACAAAGCCGACACCCGUUCUGACGGACUGAUGAAUACUAUCAAGGACUCACUAAAAGCUGUUGUUAGGCCACUAGGAGAUUCAGCAGCUUCCUCGGCCGCAACACACAAACAAAUCACAAGAGUAAAUACAGGAAACUUCUUCGUCAACAUUAACAAUAUCGCUAACCAUGUUCUUUUCCCGAAAAUUAGUCAGGAGUCAGAAAAGAUAGUGAAUAAUUAUCCAGACAGUGAUGAGACAGGCGAGAGAAAAUCUAACGUAUGAAUAACUGCAUUUUUUUUUCAGAGUUCAUUGACUUACAGGCUUAGAGCUGUUAUCCUUCUUAAGCUACUUUUGAAAGCCUGUUUCUAUGAUGCGACCCAUGACAGUCGACUAUCACCCAGGUACCUGUUUUCUUUAAUGUAAAGGAGACGUCUCGUCCUUGCCCGGAAUUGAACCCAGAACCUCAUGGUUGUGAGCUGAACGUUCAACUAGGCUAUGAAAAAGCAAGAGAAUUACGGUGGAAAAAGAUGCUUAUCUACUACUUGGAGCAUUUAUUAGGGAUACGUUUCGCCACGCGUGCCUUCUGAAGAAGCCCUUUUUUGUCGAAUUUUUUUUUUACAGUCAUAUAAACUGUACAUAAGUAUCGUUUCACAGUUGAUCGGUAUUACUAUACCAUAUAUUUCCAAGGAAAUUGUUGUACUGGCGUACAGUAGAUAAUUACCUCAUUAUGAAGCGGCAACUUUUCAUCAUGAAAUUAACAUUAGUGUUGAAUACACUGACCAUGACACUUGGGCAAAAUAUUGCACCAGUAAGCUUCUUCGACUACUAAGCUACCAUUCAUGAAGUGUUUAUACUAUUCAUGUUGUACUUGCUAUUUAUAUAAAGACAUAUUUCCGUGAGCUCUAACUCGUCUCGUGAGUUGUGUAGAGAAUCAGGAACUCUUGAGGAAAGUAUACAGAAGACUUAUCACAAUACUAGUCUCUUGA